UGUCAGUCAACUUUCGUUUUAUUGGAAAGCUUACUCGAAUAACCAUAAAAACGCGGGAAAUUGGAGCGAUUUCCUCGUGCAAAACGUGAAAGGGUAACAAAAGCGCUGAAAUUGAGCGUGGUCUGCCAUUUCGUGAGUUGUGAGAAAGGAGUACAGUUGGUCCUGUCCAAGUGAAGUAAUAACAUCACCAUGCUGACCGAUUCACAAGAACAUUUCUGGGGUUGUGAACUGACCAAGGACAAACCCACCUUUACGUGGACAUUUGAAGAGGAAGACGAUGACGAUGAUUACCUGAUGCAUACCCUGUUCCUCAAGAACGCCGUGCUCGGCUCCUCUGCGGUCAAGGGCGAGCGCAACCUCGUGGAAAUCGAGACCAAGAACUUUGACAAAAAAGAUGUAAAACAGGCGCUCCUCUCUUUGACGCUGGGACAGUCGGACAUGUGCAAUGUGGACGUGAGUUUCGGGCACGAUACCAAGGUUAUAUUUCGCCUGGUGGAGGGGGCAGGACCAAUCUGUCUGGGCGGGCAGCAACUCGUCGAGUUUCCUCCCGAGGAGAUGGACAGCCAGGACGAGAGUGCACUGGAGGUGACCGAGGAGGACGACCUUUCGAAAGAGGAGAGCCCUAAGUCGUCCCGGAAACGGAAGGCUGUGAAGGGCUCUGACAAGAAGGGCAAGAAAGGAAAGAUGGAGGAGAGCAUGUCUAGUGCCGACGACAGUGUGGAGUCCGAUGAGGAGGAUGAGGAUGAUGAAGAUGACGAGGAAGAUGAUGAUGAUGAGGAAGACAUGGAGGAGGACGAGGAGCCGGCGAAGAAAAAGAAAGCCAAGAAGAAUGCUGGUAGACGGCGCUCUAGGUCAAGGUCACUUGGAAGAGCGGCAGACCUUUUGGUGACCUUGAAAGGGAAAGAACGCCACAUUGUAAAAGCUAAACGAAGACGGACCAAACACUAGGAUGCUAAAGGCGGCAAGGGACUUAAAACAACUAAGACCUCACCGAAGAAAGCGGCCAAAAAGGCAACCAAAAAGGGAAAGAAGUAAACAUUUGAUCAAGAGACUACAAGUGCUAAUAGCUGUUGCUUUUAAAACCAGUGAUUUGGAUUUAAAAUUUCCAUUAUAAUGAAGUGAUAUUUUGAUAUUUAUUUUUGUGUUACUCGUCCAUUAUAUACAUUAUAUAUCAUUUUGUACAUGAAUAAAAGUUC